AUGACAGCUAAGGAUUCUUCUGCAAAGCCCGUUGCAGCAGCAGAGAGCGUCGAGAAAGCCAAAGCCCCUGCUCAAGCGGGCGCUUCACAGCCAAAUGUGGCGCCUAAAAAAGGCAAAGACAAGAAGAUCUUCAGCUGCCACUCAUGUCGGCGGCGGAAGCUCAAAUGCGAUCGGUUCGAUCCAUGUGGUGCCUGCCAGGCACGAGGAGAAGGACACAUGUGUACAUGGGAGGAGGGACAAAGACCGGAGAGGAACCACCGAGACAGCCUUGAGCAACUACCGAAACUCAUUCUGAAGUUAACUGAGGAGGUCCAGGAGCUGAAGACAUUAAACACAGCUUUGAUCGAGAAUAUCAGGAGCAAAAGCAAGGAUCCGACUGAGGGCUUAGAUUUGACCCUGUUGGACUACAGACCCCCAUCCCGCGGGGUUUCAAGCGGCAGUUCUGCAGGCUUUGUCGGUUGGGAUUUGCAAGGUCAGAACCCGGAUCUCAAUCAGUGGAAAUCGUCAUUGCUUGGAUUGCUACCGGAAAGCUCGUUGCUUUGGGGCUUGAUUUUGCAUUACAUAUCCGCAGCUGCGUCGCUGACCGGCUUCAUCGACGUCCAGCAAAUUCUCCGCGAUAUUGAAGAGGUUGAAUGGGCACGACAAGGGCUGGAUCUCGCCAGCUCCGCAACCUCGUUGAAGCACCUCGAUAUCAAGGUCUCCAUGAUUUUGGCAGCUGCCAGUCUCGCAACCAUUGAUCUGGACCCAGGGAAAGCUCAAGAGCUGGGACUCGCCAAUACAGACAUUGACGCGCUGGCUCGAGAUUUAUGGAAAGGCUCGCGGACCCUGAUAUCGCCCGCAGAUCUGGACUCCUUCCAUCCCUCUACCAAGCCAAUCCUUACCGAGGAACCAGCUCUGCCACCGCAAGAGAUGAAGGGAAAGUUAACUCGGCAAGGCGGAAAUCACAUUGCUACAUCGACUGAUGUCUCGUUGAAAGUCGUAUCCAUUAAGAUCCUGCUCCUGCUAGCGGCGAGAUCGUUUGCUGCGCCAUCCGAGUACCUCAAGCUCCACCUGGACGUCAUCUCCUCCGCUAUCGAUGCGUCUCUCGAUGGACCGUCCGAUGAGAGUACUCCUAUUCUAGAUCGCGAAUGGCGUUGGCAACUCUGGUCCUUCAUCUGCCUACUGGAUUGGACUUCGCCCGGUAUCUACCACAAUAGCAGCUACUUUAUCCGACCAGAAAUGCACCACAGCCCACCUUCCAAAGCCCCUGGUCUUCCAGACGACGGGGCCUUCUCACCAGCUAUUUCGCAAGAGCACCGCGAUCGCCUCAACCAGACAAGACAUUACCUGGAGUACGCACUAGCCUUGGCUCAUCUCUCCCGUCGUGCAGAGGACUGCAUCAGUCGUCCCGGACCCGUCUCCCCCGCAGAGGCUGCAGAGCUCUGUUCCAAAUUGGACGCACUGGACAAUAAACUCGCCUUCUACCAGUUACUAGGCAGCACGCUUCCCGACGGCAGCACCUUCAAUCCCGCCAGUAUAAUUCCGGUCGAUAACACCCCAACUUCUGGCUCUGUAACUGGCGGGAAUUUAGCUACCGACAAGCACAUCACCCAGUAUAGGCUCUCUCUAGCACGCGCACCCUCAAUUCAAAACAUGCAUCUCAGUCUCGAGCUCGGUCUCAUCCGUUUCAAGCUCUUCCGUCAUGAGGCGUUCCAUCUCAUGCACGCACCAAGUACCACCGUCACACUACGCAUGAUGUGCAUGGACGCUUGCAUGGACGCCUGUAUCCUCGUUCUUGAGCAGUGCUUUAGCAUCGGGAACCGAGACGUGCCGGGUAGUCAAUCACACUCGCAGUCCCACUCACAAAUCCCCUUCAACUCGAGCUCCGAGAAGCGCGCCUGCACAGGGAGUCUGCGCCGUGUGCUACAACCAGCCUCAUCGGCAGCACUUGUAGGCCAAGUACUUCUGCAUGCUGUCCUGAGUGCGGACGGAACAACCCUCGGAACAGGAAUGGCCCUAAGCUCAGGGCCAGGCCAGGCAACAGACUUCCAGAAUAACAUGGGCACCGUCUCGAAAGGAAACUCCGCAACGGAGUUUUUCGCUUUUGCGCAGGGAGCUGGGGAUUUCGACACAACCGCGAGCGCCGCCAUGCCGCACCCGCAAAGCGCGUAUACGGCGGCGACAGCGGCAGCGGGCGGAGCCUGGGGUGGUGGCUGGACCAGUGGGGAGAAGGUGAAGGUGUUACAGUGGCACAUUAACAAGAUAUUGGAGUUGUUGGAGGCGUUGCAGGGAACUUCAUCGUUGGCGCAGUAUAAAUUGAGCUUACAUCAACAGUGCAUGUAA